AGCUUUCACUCUGUACGCAAAUAUUUAGUUAUUUCCUCUUCUUGAUCAGUUUAUUGUAACCUUUUCUCUUUUGGUGUAACCUUCCUUUUAUCAAAACAAAAAACACGGUCUAUUAGUACAAGUAUACGUACACUUCAAAAAAACUUUCAAUCCGAUCGAAUCAAUCAUGUUGGUUCUCAAGAAGUUUGUUAUGGUAUUGGGGGUGGUGAUGCUAUGUAUUGUAGCUUCGCCAUCAUCAGCAGCAGAAGCACAGCGUACUGAUCUUGGUUUCCUCUACAACGGCUUCAAAGAUGCAGAUGCUCAUUUUAAUUUCGAUGAUGGCGUAGCGGACAUCACAUCCAAUGGCUUAUUGAGGUUAACCAACAACUUCAAUAAUACGUAUCAAAUAGGUCAUGCUUUCUAUUCUCGUCCAUUUCGAUUCAAGAAGACCAUUAAACAAAAUUCAUCUUCAUCUUCCAAUACUAGUACUGGUGGUAGCGUUCUUUCUUUCUCUACUACAUUUGUCUUCUCUAUAAUACCGGAAAAUCGAGGUUUAAGUGGUCAAGGAAUUGCAUUUGUUAUUGCACCUAAAGGAGAGUUACCAGGAGCAAGAGCAAGCAUAUACUUAGGGUUAUUUAAUUCAACAAACAACGGAAGGUUUGAGAACCACGUCCUUGCCGUGGAAUUAGAUACCAUCUUCAAUGAUGAUUUCGAUGAUAUAAAUGGUGAACAUGUAGGUAUCGACAUCAAUAACCUGAACUCUACUGCAGCGAAAUCUUCCGGUUACACAGACAAUAACAGAAGGUUUCACAGCAUUAGCCUUAUAAGUGGGGAUCCCAUUCAAGUUUGGAUAGAAUAUGAUGCGGUUUCGAAGAAGCUUAACGUUACAUUAGCUCCAAUAACAGUGUCUAAACCUGAUACGCCACUGUUGUCUUACGACAGUGAUCUUUCAACAGUUAUCUUAGAGGAGAUGUACGUUGGCUUCUCAUCAUCGACGAGUUUCGUAUUAACAUCUCAUUACAUAAUGGGAUGGAGUUUUAUGAUUGAUAAUGGAACAGCCGCUCCCAUCAGUGCUUCUCAACUCCCCGAUCUUCCUAAAAGAAAGGCUUCAAAAUCAUUACUCUUCGGAGUUGAAUUGCCAAUAAUUAUCCCAGUUAUUUUGCUAACAUUUAUCAUUGGCAUCUUAGUCGUCGUGAGGAAAAUCAGAAACGAGAAAUUUAAAGACGUGGUGGAGGAUUGGGAGCUAGAUUAUGGGAGGCAGAGGUUCUCAUAUAAAGAUCUAUGCAUUGCCACAAAGGGAUUCAAGGAGAAAGAACUUCUUGGCAUUGGCGGUUUCGGUCGGGUAUACAAAGGUGAGCUACCAACUUCGAAAACUGAAAUUGCUGUCAAAAGAGUCUCCCAUAAUUCAAAACAAGGAGAAAGGGAAUUCAUAGCAGAGAUCAUUAGCAUUGGUAACCUUCGACACCGAAAUUUGGUACAGCUCUUGGGCUAUUGCAGGCGGAACAGAGAACUACUUUUGGUGUAUGAGUUCAUGCCAAAUGGAAGCCUAGACAAGUUUAUCUUUCGCACUUCGAACUCAACCUCAACAUCUCCUGUUCUCAGUUGGAACCAAAGAUUUCAAAUCAUCAAAGGUGUUGCAUCUGGAUUAAUUUAUCUGCACGAAGAGUGGGAAAAAGUUGUGAUUCAUAGAGACAUCAAGGCUAGUAAUGUUUUAUUAGAUGGUGAAAUGAAUGCAAGAUUAGGCGAUUUCGGUCUUUCAAGAUUGUAUGAUCGCGGAACCAAUCCUCGGACGACUAAUGUGGUUGGCACUCUGGGUUAUAUAGCACCGGAAAUGAUUAAAACCGGAAGAGCAACAACAAGCUCGGACGUUUACUCAUUCGGUGCUUUCUUACUCGAAGUUGCAUGUGGCAGGAGACCGAUAGAGAUGCAUAAAUCCGAGACGGAGGAGGGUGAAGUUCUUGUUGAUUGGGUUUUAUAUUGUUGGAGAAGCGGUAGAAUACUACAAACAAGUGACCCAAAUCUUAUGAAUGAAUAUGUAGAAGAAGAGAUGGAAUUGGUGUUGAAGAUAGGAUUGUUAUGCUCACGUAAUAACCCAAAGGCUAGACCAAGCAUGAGACAAGUGAUGCAAUAUUUAGAUGGAGAUGUGUCGUUUCCUGAAACUGAGUUGUGGCGACUUGAUUAUGAUGACCCUUCCAUGUCGUCGAGUUCUGGCGAGCGUCCAUCCCAUGUCAUCGAAAUGGUGUCUCUUACAACGAGUAGUCGGUCGACAUCAGUUGCAGAGUCGCUCCUUUCUGGUCCAAGGUAGUAAUCGAUAUUUAUUAAUAUUAAAACGAAUGUAAUUAAGAUUGAUAACUAAUGUAGAUAAU